ACAGCUUAGUUUAUUCGCAGCUUAGCUGCACGCUCACCGGUGCAUUUGCUUCACCUGCUGCUUCAGGAAGUAAAGCUAUCACUUUUGCGUUGUUACAGCCUGUCUAAAUUCCCCAAUAACACGGAUUGGAGCCGCGAACUGUUACACCAGGUUCCUGUAACUUUUUUUUUUUUUUUUUUUUUUUCCCUUGGCUAGAAUAACAAAGUAGGUAUUUUUGAAUAAGAAGGAUUCUACGGGGCCAGAAUGUCUCGCGAUCCGGAGGAUGUGAAUAAACUCACCGAAAGUACCUAUAAGAAUGUUAUGGAACAGUUCAAUCCAGGUUUACGGAACCUUGUAAACCUGGGUAAAAACUAUGAAAAAUCUGUUGUAGCAAUGACUCUGGCAGGAAAAACAUACUAUGAUGCUCUUUCCAAAAUUGGAGAGAUGGCUACUGUGUCACCAGUUUCCAGAGAAUUGGGGGUAGUUCUCACGGAAAUCUCUGACGUACAGAAGAAACUGAACAUGGAGCUAGAAGAAACCGCCACCCUCAAGAAAUAUCAGACAGAGCACAGAAGCAAGUUAGACUCAUUAGAAAGAUCUCAAGCCGAUCUCAAAAAACUCAGACGGAAAAGUCAAGGAAAGAAUGCAACAAAGUAUGAAAUGAAAGAAAAUGAAUAUCUGGAGACAGUGAGCUCCCGCCAGACCGACAUGCAGAAGUUCAUCGCCGAUGGGUGCCGGGAGGCCUUGCUGGAGGAGAAGAGGCGUUUCUGUUUCCUUGUUGACAAACACUGCACAUUUUCUUAUCAUCUUUGCGGCUACCAUGAUAAGGCUAAAGAACUGCUUAAUGUAAAUCUGCCCAGCUGGCAGGAUAAGUGCAGUGAUGCCACCAAGGUGCCAAAUACCAUCCUGACCAUGAUCGAGGGCAUUAAGACACCAGGAUCUACUCCAAUCUCAGGAACUCCACAGCCAUCGCCGAUGGUAGAAAGAUACACUAUGCACAACACAGACCCACCAAAGCCUCCUCCCGCACCGCCGAUAAAAGCACACCCAAGUCCUCUUGUAGACAUGUUCAAUGGACCUGCCACCCCGAAGGCCCCAGCCAAGACACAGAGAAACAGUCUGCAUCCAGAGUACAACAAUGGUGAUACUCUGCCCAGGUCUGUCUCUGUUGCGACUGGACUGAACGCGAUUAAAAAGCCAAAGGUGAAAACAAUCUUUCCACAUACUGCGGGGAAUAACGCCACUCUGCUCAGUUUCGAUGAAGGUGACAUCAUUAUUCUGCUUUUACCAGAGGAGAAAGAUGGAUGGCUAUAUGGAGAGCAUGAGAAGCUGAAGCAGAGAGGUUGGUUUCCAUCGUCGUACUGCCGACCUUACACGGAGCAAGCACAAGAGCAGAGCAAUUCUAUGCCAGUCCGGAGUAUUAGCAUAGCCAACCUGGCAGAGAAAGAGAAGGGGAACGUGGUACUGCCCCCUCCAGAUUACUUUGAGUCUUCACCAACGAGGGCUGUCCUCAACAAAAACGCAAAGACUUCCCCCGAGCACACAAGCCAGGAACCGAAUGGGAUUGGAAAGCCACCUUUUCUCGCCGGUGAAAAUCCAUUUGCGACCGUCAAACUUCGACCAACAGUAACCAAUGACAGGUCAGCGCCCAUCAUUUGAAGUUUCUGAGGAGUUCUACAGAUUGCAGUUUUUCGAAUGCUAUGUCUGCAUUCUAUAAAGUCUUCAAUCUUCUGCCGCCCAUAGAUCUCAGAGAGUUUAUUUAAGUAACUGUAAAACAAAUCCAAAGAGUUAUAUAUUUUUUAAAAUACUUGUGCUGCAAAUUGUAUAAGUAACAGAGCAUUCUGCAUUUUCAGUACUGUGCUGUGUUUAAGAAACAAAAAAUGAAUGCAGUCAGAAUACAUUAUUUCAAAGUUCUAAAGUUGUUGUUCUUUUGCCAUAGGAUGAUACACACUUUUACUUGGUACAUACGUUGAUAAAAUAUUGUUUAGUUUCUUUCAGAAACAAUCCUGGAUAUGAAUAUACAGUAGCUUUACACCUGGUGUUCACAGUACAUAGCUUUGGCAUCACUGUUGCCAUACUCAGUGUUUCCUUACUCAUUUUUGUUUGAGAUGCUUAACAUGUCCAUACAACUUUCUUUUAAUAUACAGCAAUGGCCAAAAGUUGUGCAUAACCCUAUAUAAGUAACUAAUCUUGCUUCAUAAAGGUGAAUGAAACUUCCUAGGUGAUGCAAGAUUUUUAGCCAUAGCUGUAUAUUUAAAUUAAUUUUACCAAAGAAAAAAGCAUCUGUAUAAUAAUGUUUUGUUAUUGGUACAAUAUUUUUUUAUU